GCUGAAUCUUAUUGAUCCAGAAGGUGGCUAAUUAGCCCUUCCCGUCGUGCCUGUGUAAUGAAGCACAUGCGCACUGAAUUAAUCACAGCCAUUUUUUGCAGGAAACUAAUUAGCAGGAAUAAAGAUCCAAAGAGUUUUUUUCUUUUCAAUCAUCAGAUCUCACUUUCACCUCUUCCUCGCUCCCUCUAACACAAGACUCAUCGCCUGCUUUGCAUCCAAAUUAUUUUUAUAUUGCCCUAUACAACUAAUACUUGGUUUUUUUACACUCCGCUACAACAAUGAUCUUUCUUUUGCCAUCCUAAACGCAAACUGACCAAAAGGGACUGCCUUGAUGGGAUCUUUAGCCGAAUCGUCUCAAUACUGGAUUAAAAAGCAAGGAUCACAAAGCGGCAGCGAAAAAUUGCCUGGAUGCGAUGAACACCUCAUGUAGGCAUCAGCAUGGACAGCUGUGAGUCUCCCGUGGUUUCUGGGACAGACGAUGGGCUCGGCUCCUCCACCACCUCCCAGCAACAGCAGCAGCAGCAUUACCCUCUGCAGACCUGGAACGAUCACUCUAACUCACAGGUCCCUCCCAGCAGCCAGCCCUCUUCCCUGGAGCCCCUGUCUCUCUCUGCACCCUACCCCUCUGUGAGAGAGCCACAGCAGCAGCAGCAUCCAACCCGGACCCCACCCCUGGCCCACAGCGACAGCUCCGCCUCAGGCCAGCUGCACCCCAGAAGAGAGGAGCUCAACGAGGAGCAGGAGGGAGUGAACUGCGGAGAGGAAGAAGAAGAAUUGGAGGACUUGGAUGAGAUGGAGAUCGACAGCUGUUUCCCAAGUCUGCAGCCCUUCCCCGGAGUACCCAUAGCUCCUGGAGGAGGGGGCAUGCCCACGCUGCUACGCCAGCAGCCCAACCGACGAAGGGGUGUGGCGGAGAGCGGGAGUGAGGAAGGCGAGGAGGAGGAAGAAGAGGAGAGCAGUGAUGUGGAGAACCUGGCUGGAGAGAUAGUCUACCAGCCGGACGGCUCAGCCUACAUUGUUGAAAGUCUCAGCCAGCUGAUCCAAAGUGGAGGGGGUGCGGUGCCCGGCCUGCUCCCCACAAACUCUCUCCCCGUGGCGGGGAAGCCGGGGGAACCUGCUGGGACCUCAUCCUCGGUAUACCCUCAGAUCAUCAACACGUUCCACAUAGCCUCGUCGUUCGGGAAGUGGUUUGGUUCCUCAGACCAAGGUUUCCCCAAUACCUCCACCCUGGCAGGCCUCAGUCCUGUCCUGCACAGUUUCCGCGUCUUCGAUGUGCGGCACAAAAGCAACAAGGAUUACCUGAACAGUGACGGGUCUGCCAAGAAGUCCUGCGUAUCCAAAGAUGUUCCCAACAACGUGGAUUUCUCCAAAUUUGAUGGGCUGGCCCUCUAUGGCAAGGGAAAGCCCAUCCUCAUGUGUUUUCUCUGCAAACUGUCCUUCGGCUACCCGCGGUCUUUCGCUACUCAUGCCGUCCACGACCACCGCAUGACCCUGUGUGAGGAUGAGAGGCGACUGCUGGGGGACAAUAAGGCAUCUGCCAUCAUCCAGGGCAUCGGGAAGGACAAAGAACCCCUCAUCAGCUUCCUGGAACCAAAAAACAAGAGCUUUCCUAUGCCGGCACCCUCCACCAUGGUCCCCAUGAACUCUGGCCAGAGCUUCUAUGGCACGUUCAGUGGGAUCCACCUGGAGGCAGGGAGCAGCAGUGGGGGCAGCGAGGCCCUCCUGAACAAAGACUCUGACUCCUCUGGCCUCCAGCAGCAGCAAGGCUCCCUCCUCUCUCUGGGGGGGCUGGGCAACCCCAAAGCACCUGCUCUUACCUCAACCCCAGGCCCUGCCAAAGACUCCAACACCCUGCCCAAGCAGGGAGGGAGAACAGAGGGGCCUGCUGGGAAAGAGGGGAUCCGCAGGCGGGAGCACGGGGACAAGGAGGGGCAAGAAGGCAAGGUACGUUUUGCUAGCCAGGAGGGGGGCUCGGAAGAAGAGGAGGAACUGUUAUUAGAGGAAGAGGAAGACGAGGUGGAGGAAGAAGGAACUGCGCUGGCCUGUGUUGGUAACAGUAGCAGGGGCGGUGGAGAAGUGGGGAAACCGGCUGUAUCAAACCAAAGCAUUUCCAAAUCUCCUUUAUUAAUACCUAGUAGCGCUCUCCAGCCUACUGCCUGCCCAUCUGCAGCCAGCCCCACGCUCAACAGCAAAGCCCCAGCUUCCACUUCUUCUUCCUCUGUCAGGGAAGAGGGCUCGGCAGACGGUGGGGGGAGGACCUCGGAGCUCCCUCUGAGCUUUAACUGCCAGGGGCCCACUGUCCCCAUGGCGAUGGCAGCUGCAGCCAGCAGAGGGAGCGAGGACUUCGCCGCUGGCACCUCCUCACCUCUGGCCUCCAACUCCGCCGCCGACGAAAGUGCCAAUCGAGAUAGUGCCACAGCUCCUGAACCAAAUGAUUGCCCGGCAGAGGGAGAGGAGGACAGCGGAGCCCUUCUGCACCAUCACCACCUGCACCAUCACCACCACCACCUCCACCCCUCAGCCCACUCCCACUCUCACCCACACCCCCACCCAGGGGGGUCCUGUGAAAUGGGCGGUGGCGGUGAGUGCCCUCAGAACCACGGGCCUGGAGGAAGUGGGGUGGAAUGCCCCAAAUGCGACACCGUCCUGGGCUCCUCGCGGUCCCUGGGCGGACACAUGACCAUGAUGCACUCGCGCAACUCAUGCAAGACACUCAAGUGUCCCAAGUGCAACUGGCAUUACAAGUACCAGCAGACCCUGGAGGCCCACAUGAAGGAGAAGCACCCAGACUCCGGUGGCUCCUGUGUGUACUGCAGCAGUGGCCAGAGCCACCCGCGUCUGGCCCGUGGAGAGAGCUACACCUGCGGAUACAAGCCCUUCCGCUGCGAGGUGUGUAACUACUCGACCACCACCAAGGGCAACCUGAGCAUCCACAUGCAGUCGGACAAGCAUCUGAACAACAUGCAGACCCUGCAGAACGGAGGCUCCAUCCCCUCCACCGAGCAGCAGGUGUUUGGCCAGCACCCUGGAGGGGUCGGAGUGGUGACCGUGCCCUCUGUGACCCAGGCCAGCACCCACCACCCGCCACACCACCACCACCCCACCCAGUCCUCCGCCCACAUGGCGGGGCCCUGCGGUUCCCCCUCGCCCACCAAGCCAAAAAGCAAGCCCACGUGGCGCUGCGAAGUGUGCGACUACGAGACCAACGUGGCGCGGAACCUGCGCAUCCACAUGACCAGCGAGAAACACAUGCACAACAUGAUGUUGCUGCAACAGAAUGUGACCCAGAUGCAGCAUGGUCGGCUGGGCCUGGGGGCCAUGCCCUCUCCCUCCGAGGCCGAGCUCUACCAGUACUACCUGACCCAGAACAUGAGCCUGCCCCCAGGCCUCAAGAUGGACCCGGCUGGAGCUGAGGCCCAGUUCCUGCUGGGAGGCUUCCACCUGGACCCCAACAUGGCCGCCUUGGCCCCCCAACUAGCGUGGCCAGUAAAUGAAUGCAUGAAUGUAGGUGGGGAGAUCCCCAUGGACAUGCGGCUGGGCAGCGUUGGUGGUCAGUUGGUGUCUGAGGAGCUGAUGACCCUGGGGGAGAGCUUGUCGCAGACCAGUGACCCCUCCCUCAAGCUGUUCCAGUGUGCCGUGUGCAACCGCUUCACCACCGACAACCUGGACGUGCUGGGCAUGCACAUGGGUGCUGAGCGCAGCCUGCCUGAGGAGGAGUGGCGCGCCGUGGUGGGCGACUCGCACCAGUGCAAGCUGUGCCGUUACACCACACAGCUGAAGGCCAACUUCCAGCUGCAUUGCAAGACCGACAAGCAUGUGCAGAAGUACCAGCUGGUGGCCCACAUCAAGGAGGGGGGCAAGGGCAACGAGUGGCGCCUGAAGUGCGUGGCCAUCGGCAACCCGGUGCACCUGAAGUGCAACGCCUGCGACUACUACACUAACAGCCUGGAGAAGCUACGCAUGCAUACCAUCAACUCCCGCCACGAGGCCAGCCUCAAGCUGUACAAGCACCUGCAGCAUCAGGAGAACGCGGUGGAGGGAGAUGCCUGCUACUACCACUGUGUGCUGUGUAACUACUCCACCAAGGCCAAGCUCAACCUGGUCCAGCAUGUGCGCUCCAUGAAGCACCAGCGCAGCGAGAGCCUGAGGAAGCUCCAACUCCUGCAGAAGGGCCUGCCUGAGGAUGAGGAGGAGCUCAGCUCCAUCUUCACCAUCCGCAAGUGUCCGUCUGCUGAUACAGGAGAGCUGAGCGAGGAUGUGGAGGCUGCCAGUGAGACCACCACAGAGCAGGAGGACCAAACCAAAGACAGAGAGAGUGGGGGGGAGAAGGAGCUCACCAAAGGGACAGCAGGAUCCAGCCAGUCAGAGAGGGACCAGACAGACUCCCCGAACCCCUCUAAGAGGCCCUCCUCACGGUCAGGGGCCACAGGGAGCCCCCUCUCCUCCAAGCGUCCGAGGACUGCUGAGAAGAGUGCUGCUGCGGAGCAGAUGUACCAAUGUCCCUACUGCAAGUUCAGCAACACGGACCUGAACCGCCUGAGAAUGCACGUGAUGACGCAGCACUCUGUCCAGCCCAUGUUCCGCUGUCCGCUCUGCCAGGACAUGCUGAACAACAAGAUCCAUCUGCAGUUCCACCUCACACACCUCCACAGCGUGGCGCCCGACUGCGUUGAAAAGCUCAUCGCCACGGUGACGGCAUCAGAGGUUCUGCCAGAAAGCAUGUUCAUACCAGUACCAGGCCCAGACAGAGAGGCACAAAGCAACACCCCACAGGCCCCGGCUAACUCCAGCUCUGAAGAUAUCAAGAAACAAGCCGAACCAUCAGAUGCUGAGCCUGAGAAAGGGGUCUCACUGCCUACAGAAAUAGCUGAAGCUCGCAAGUCACCUCUGGAGGAUCAGCAGUCUGGAAGGGAAGACACAGGAUUCCUGUGUUGGAAGAAAGGCUGUAACCAGGUCUUCAAGUCCUCCAAUUCCCUCCAGGUGCACUUCAACGAGGUUCACAACAAAAGGCCUCAGCUGCCUGUCUCGGACCGGCAUGUCUACAAGUACCGCUGCAACCAGUGCAGCCUGGCCUUCAAGACGGUGGAGAAACUGCAGCUGCACUCUCAGUACCACGUCAUCAGAGCAGCCACCAUGUGCUGCCUCUGUCAACGCAGCUUCAGGACCCUGCAGGCCUUGAAGAAACAUUUGGAAACCAGCCACCUAGAGUUGAGUGAGGCUGACAUUCAACAGCUCUACGGAGGCUUACUGAUGAACGGAGACCUUAUGGUCAUGGGAGAUCCAUCACUUGGAGAGGACCACGGAGGACUGGGAGAAGAUGACAAAGAGGGAGAUGACAGUGACCAAGAGGAGAAGCAAAGCCCAACAGGCAGCGACUCUGGCUCAUUGCUAGAAGAUUUUGGAUCAGAGCCCAAGCGUGCCCUGCCAUUCAGGAAAGGUCCUAACUUUACCAUGGAGAAGUUCCUGGACCCAUCUCGUCCUUUCAAGUGCACGGUGUGCAAAGAGUCAUUCACACAGAAGAACAUCCUUCUGGUUCACUACAACUCUGUCUCACACCUGCACAAGGUCAAGCGGGCCCUACAGGAGUCCACCACUGGUCAACCAGAGCCCACCAGCAGCCCUGACAACAAACCAUUCAAGUGCAACACUUGCAACGUGGCUUACAGCCAGAGCUCUACUCUAGAGAUCCACAUGCGCUCUGUCCUCCACCAGACCAAGGCCCGAGCAGCCAAGCUUGAAGCAGCAGGAGGAAACACCAGCUCCAGCAGUGGCUCUGGAUUAAGUGGUGGUGGAUCCUCCAUCAGCACUUCAACUCCAAGCCCAAGCCCAGCUACUAACUCAACAACCAGCUCUAGCAACCACAGCUCUUCUGGGGCUCAGACUACACAGAGUAUUCUUGGAGGCAACCACAUGAGCCAGUCUCACAGCAUUGAAAGCCUUGGGAACUCCUCGAUGACUUGUCAUCCGUCACCGUCUGAAAACCAUGAAUCGAAAAAGAAGAAAUUUGCAGACAUGCUCUCUGCAAGGGGACAGCAGCAGCAGCAGCAGCAGCUUCAACAGCAACAACAACAGCAGUUGGCUCAGGCCCAAGCCCAAGCCCAGGCCCAGCUCCAACAAGAGCUCCAGCAGCAAGCUGCUCUCAUCCAGUCCCAGCUCUUCAACCCAGCACUUCUGCAGCACUUUCCCAUGACAACUGAUGCUCUUCACUCACUGCAGCAACAGCAGCUGCUAUUCCCUUUCUACAUCCCUGGAGCAGAAUUCCAACUGAACCCAGAGAUGAACCUCAACAGUUCUGCACUUGGCCUGUCAAGCUCCACUGCCAACUCUCUGUUGGAGGACCUGAAGAACUCUGCCCAGCAGGCUCAGGCUCAGAGCUGCCUGCAACAGCAGCUGAUGCACCACCACCUUCAGCAGCAGCACCAACAACAGCAGGCCCAAGCCCAUUCUCAGGCCCAGGGCCAGAUGGCUUUGCUGCAGCAGAGUGCCAAUCUCCUUCACCAGGCUGAGAAAAAGCAGAAGGCCGCUGCCGCCCACAAUGAGAAGCAAGAGAGAGAAAGGGAAAUACAAAGAGAAAAAGACCUAAGAGAGAAAAAUGAGGAACAUGUCACAAAAGACAGUUCUGACAACAAGUCAAACGAAAAAAAGGAGAUGCAACAGACUGCAAUGAACUCCAACCACGAUCCUGGCUUUCCUCCACCAAGGAUUGCAUCAGAUGCUCGUGGAAAUGCCACUAAAGCUCUUCUGGAGAACUUUGGGUUUGAGCUAGUGAUUCAAUACAAUGAAAACAAGCAGAAAGCUCAGAAGAAGCCAGCAGGGCCUGGACCAGCUGGAACAAGCACGCCUGGUGGGAUCACGAGAGUGGUGGACCCCAUCGAGGGAUUGGAGAAGCUGGAAUGUGAGGCCUGUGGAAAACUAUUUUCAAACAUACUGAUUCUGAAGAGUCAUCAGGAGCACAUCCAUCAGGCUUUCUUCCCAUUCCGCUCCCUGGAGAGAUUUGCCAAGGAAUACAGAGAGCAGUAUGACAAACUGUAUCCACUCAGACCCCAGACACCAGAGGCUGCUCCCCCUGCUCCUCCACCUCCUCCUCCUCCUCCUCCUCCACCUCCACCCCCUCCACAGAGAGCCCCAACACCAAAUAUUCCUGUCUCUGCUCCCUCCAUCACACCCCCAACUGUGUCUACCCCACAGCCUCCUGUUCAAAUGGCUCAAAUGUCCAUGCCAAUGGAUAUGCCCCUCUUCUCACCACUCAUGAUGCAGUCAAUGUCUCUACAGUCUAUGCCAUCUCAAAUGCAAUCCCAGAUGUCAUCUGUGGAGUCACAGUCACUGGCUAAUGAUCUGGCCCAGCUUUACCAACAGCAGCUUACACCAGCCAUGCUACAGCAGCAGCAGAAUAAGAGGCCCCGGACACGUAUCACUGAUGACCAGCUUAGGGUCCUUCGGCAGUACUUUGACAUCAACAACUCCCCCAAUGAGGAGCAGAUUAAAGAGAUGGCAGAUAAGUCAGGGCUGCCCCAGAAAGUCAUCAAACACUGGUUCCGCAACACCCUCUUCAAAGAGCGCCAGCGCAACAAAGACUCACCCUACAACUUCAACAACCCACCCAUUACCACUCUGGAGGAUACCAAAAUUGACUCUAAACCCCCUUCCCCUGAGCCUCAAAGACAGGAGUGUUAUGGGAGUAAAAGAUCCUCAAGAACAAGGUUUACAGACUACCAAUUGAGGGUGCUUCAAGACUUUUUUGAUGCUAACGCCUACCCCAAAGAUGAUGAAUUUGAACAGCUCUCCAACCUUCUGAGCCUCCCCACACGUGUCAUUGUGGUGUGGUUCCAAAAUGCUCGUCAGAAGGCACGCAAGAAUUAUGAAAACCAGGGGGAUGGAAGCAAAGAUGGUGAACGAAGAGAGCUGUCCAAUGACCGUUACAUUCGCACCACCAAUCUGAACUACCAGUGCAAGAAAUGCAGUCUGGUUUUCCAGCGUAUAUUUGACCUCAUAAAGCACCAAAAGAAGCUGUGUUACAAAGAUGAAGACGAUGACGGGCAAUACGACAGCCAAAACGAGGACUCUAUGGAUCUUUCUCAUGAAUACUACACUCCCUCUGGGUCUUCCUGUCACACCCCUAUGCCUUCCUCCUCAAGCCUCUGCCCUCUCCCUCCCUCCACCUCAGCUUUCUCCCACCUCUCAUCCUCUGAGAAGGAGGAAGCCUCACCAGCUAACACAUCAAACUCUUAUGAUGAGAAGCCCAAACAUUUGGCUGAAAUGUCCUCAGAUCCACGUGAGCACCAGACCACCAUCAAACAGGAGACUGUGCAUCAGCCCCAAUCUGAGACUCAACAUCAGAGAAGAGAAGCACGAGAUGAGAAGCCACAAACAGCCCCAAAGACAAACAAGCAUUCUUCUCCUUCCCUCUCUCAGCAGCAACGUGACUGUGGUCCCUCAGUCUCUCAGACAACCCAGGCUGAGAGAGCUUCUCAGAGCUCCCACAUGGGCCCCAACCCUCACAUGAGCUCUGCAUCACAGCAACAACUGGCACAGCAAAUGAUCCAAUACCAGUGUGAGCAGUGCAAGCUUGGCUUCCCAUCCUUUGAGCACUGGCAGGAGCACCAGCAACUCCACUUCCUCUCUGUGCAAAACCAAUUCAUCCACCCUCAGUUCUUGGACCGCCCAAUGGACAUGCCCUUCAUGUUGUUCGAUCCUAGCAAUCCCCUGUUGGCCAGUCAACUCCUCUCUGGGGCCAUGCCACAGAUCCCAAGCAGCUCUGCCACCUCUCCAUCAACACCCACCUCCACCAUGAACUCCCUGAAGAGGAAGUUGGAGGAGAAAGCAGGCACUAGCCCAGGAGAGAAUGACAGCACCAACAGUGGGGAGGAGCCACAAAGAGACAAGCGCCUCAGGACUACCAUCACACCUGAGCAGCUGGAGAUCCUCUAUCAGAAAUACCUAUUGGACUCAAACCCUACUCGAAAAAUGCUUGACCACAUUGCUCAUGAGGUGGGACUGAAGAAGAGGGUAGUGCAAGUUUGGUUCCAAAAUACCAGAGCCAGGGAAAGGAAGGGUCAGUUUCGGGCUGUAGGGCCUGCUCAAGCUCACCGGCGAUGCCCUUUUUGUCGUGCUCUCUUCAAGGCGAAAACUGCACUAGAGGCACAUAUCCGUUCCCGCCAUUGGCAUGAAGCCAAACGUGCUGGUUACAACCUAGCUCUCGCUGGCAUGUUCACUGAGGAAGGGAUGCAAAUGAAGAUGGAUCCUCUGGAUAUCUCCAGCUAUUCCCAGCUUGCACCUUCUAACAAUGAUGGACAAUGCUCCUCUCUGUCACCAGUGAGCAAAAACAUGGAGUUGUCUCCCAGGGCCCUUUUGAGCCCUUCAUCCAUUAAAGUUGAAGGAGGAAUGGAGGACUUUGAGAGUCCAUCUAUGUCCUCUGUCAACCUUAGCUUUGACCAGAACAAACUUGAUAAUGACGACUGUUCUUCAGUAAAUACGGCCAUCACAGAUACCACCACUGGUGAUGAGGCCAAUGCUGACAAUGACAGUGCUGAUCAAAAGCAUGGUCAAAAUAGUGGUGAUUACCUGUCUAAGUCUGUGGGUACAGCCCCCUCUCUUGAAAAUGACGACCAGAUGUCAUCAGGGCUGGUGAGCCCUGCGACAAGCUAUUAUGCUAGAGACUAUGAAAAUGAGAAUAUAAUCGACUACAGUGAGACCUCCAGUCUGGCUGAUCCCUGUUCACCAAGCCCCGGAGCUUCCGGCAGCAGGAGCAUCGACAGUGGAGACCGUCCUGGCCAAAAGCGCUUCCGAACUCAGAUGACUAACCUCCAGCUGAAGCUACUCAAGUCCUGCUUCAAUGACUACAGGACACCUACCAUGCUGGAGUGUGAGGUACUUGGCAAUGACAUCGGACUUCCAAAAAGGGUGGUUCAGGUGUGGUUCCAGAAUGCUCGCGCCAAGGAGAAAAAGGCUAAGCUCAGCAUGGCUAAGCACUUCGGGAUCAACCACACAUCCUACGAGGGGCCGAAGACGGAGUGCACUUUGUGCAGUGUCAAGUACAGUGCCCGUCUCUCUGUGCGAGAUCACAUCUUCUCUGCACAACACAUCACCAAGGUAAAGGACACCAUUGGGAGCCAACUGGACAAGGAGAAGGAGUACUUUGACCCAGCUACUGUUCGCCAGCUGAUGGCCCAGCAGGAGAUGGAUCGCAUCAAGAAAGCCAAUGAGGUCCUGGGACUGGCACAGCAGCAAGCCAUGCAGCAGCAGGGAAUCUUUGAUAGCCCCGCCCUGCAGGCCCUGAACCUUCAGUCUGCCUAUUCAAAUCUGCAAGGGAUGCCCCCUGGACUUCUGCCAGGUGUCGGAAGCACCUCCCUACCUGGCUUUAACUCAUCAAACUCAGCUUUAACUCCUCCCAAACCUCCAAACCUCCUGAACAUGCCUGGCGCCAGUGUUCCUUCACCCAGCCUCCCUAUGUCUGGAUUACCCAACAAGCCUCCCUCCUCCUCAUCCUUGGCAUCACCCAGCCCAGCACAGGCCAACACAUCUGUCGCCCACUCCAGCCCUACUUCACCUCCACCUCCACCACCACAACAACCCAGUCAGGCUCCCGCCCAACACCCCAAAGAGCGUAAUGCUGAGAGGUCAAGAGAGAAGGAGAAGCCCCACCACAAGGAGAAGACAGAGAAGCCCUCAACGCCAUCCUCCACUGGAGGCACCCCAGCCCCAUCCACCUCUGCUGCCAGCGCCAAGAAAGAAAAACAAGAUGCAGCUGUGCCCGCCACCUCCAUGCCCACGCCGGGUAUGGAGUAUGUGGUGGACCCUGCCCAGCUCCAGGCCCUGCAGGCUGCCUUGGCAUCGGACCCUACAGCUCUGCUGACUAGUCAGUUCCUGCCCUACUUCAUGCCUGGAUUUUCCCCGUAUUACGCCCCACAGAUACCUGGGACUCUCCAAGGCGGCUAUCUGCAGCCAAUGUACGGCAUGGAAAGCAUGUUCCCCUACAACCCAACAUUGUCCCAAGCGCUGAUGGGUCUGUCCCCAGGGUCCCUGCUUCAGCACUACCAGCAAUAUCAGCAGAGCCUGCAGGAGGCGCUACAGCAGCAGCAGCAGCAGCUUCAGCAGAUCCAGCAACCCAAAGCGAGCCAAACUCCAGUACCCCCUCAACCUUCGGGGGACCGCAAAGAAUCUGCCAAAGAUCCACCGAAAACAGAGGAGCAGAAAGGCAACCCCCACAGAGAGAUCUCUUCCUCCUUCUCCUCUCACAAUAACCUACCCUCCAAGCAGAACGAGAUGGAUGGCAAAGUCGCAGACCCCCUUCUAGACCAAUACAUCGUCCCCAAGGUGCAGUACAGGCUGGCGUGUCGCAAAUGUCAAGCAGUCUUCAGCAAGGAAGAAGCGGCCGUCAAUCACCUGAAGUCUAUCUGCUUUUUCGGUCAGUCUGUGGCAAACUUGCAAGAGGUGUUGUUGCGUGUCCCCAUUGGCGCAGGUGCAAGGGUGGGCAGCCUCUACGACUGCCUGGCCUGCGACACCACGUUGGAUGGGGACAAAGCGCUUAGUCAACACCUGGAUUCGGCUUUGCACAAACACAGAACAAUCAAGCGAUCAGCCAGAAAUGCCAAAGAGCACGCUACUAGUUUAUUACCUCACUCUUCAGCCUGCUUCCCCGAACCUAACACCGCAUCUACCUCGCAGUCUGCCACUCAUCUCAUCAGCACCCCCCCUCCCCCGCCAACGACAUCAGCCACCAUGCCGUCCUCCUCUGUCUCUUCAUCCUUGUGCUCCUCCUCUGCCACCCCACUCAACACCACAGCUGCCGGCAAACCCUGGCCCCAGGCCCCUUUCUCCAGAGCUUUAGCUGGGAAGCCCAAUGCCACUCCUUCUUCUUCUUCUUUUCCUCCAGUAUCCUCACCUUCAACGGUUACCUCAAGUUCAUUGAGCACCUCAGGAGUUCAGACCUCGAUACCAACAGACGUCUUUACCGACGAGUCUGACUCUGACAGCAGUCAGAAGUCAGCAGACAGGCUGGGCAGGACGGCAGAGGUGCCGCAACAGCCCGGCUGUCUCAAAGACAGUAGUAGUUGUAGUAGUAAUCUUGCUAGUGUAGGAACGGACUCCAUCAGAUUGUAAAAGAGCUUUCAGUGAUGGACAAUAUUUAAAAAACGCAAAAGACAAAAAAAAAACACAAAUGGGAAAAACAAACAAAAAAGCAGCGAUGUUAAAAUACGUUUAAAAGUAUACAAAACAAUUUCAGAAAAAGAUGUGUAAAGACUAACUGCAAUUCCAAAGCUUGUAACCAAAAAUUUAAAUGUUAGUGGAUUGUUUUCCCAUAUCAACAUGCUGGUUUUCAUUUCUUUCAACUUAAAUAUAUACAUUUAUAUGUAUAAGAAUAGAAAGAUCACUGCAGUUAAGUUUUGGGUAAUGAUAGAGGAAUGCUGGACUGCCUCAAAGUUGUUAAAUGGCCCAAGAACCCUUUUGACAAAGUCAACAAGCUGUCCCUUGUUUGUGUAAUUAUUUCCACUUAAUAGCACAGUCACAAAAAGCCAGUAUGUACUGUAUGGGAGAAUAGUCUAACACUUUUCUGCUAUCAAAGCAUUCAAAUACCAAUGGCUUGCAAAAGUAAAAAGAAUAAUGUAAUGUCUAUUUUAUUCUCAGGUCAACAGCUCACAGACGUUUUUCUGUUACAGAAAUUCAUUGUUUUACACCUUUCGUUCCAAACAGGAGAAACAUUAUUAUUCUUUUUUUUUUUUCCAGAAAUUGAUUUUAAUGACAGAAAGUUUUAAAAUGAGUGAAAAUAUCAUAAAGGCAUAGCUUUCUGGGCAUUUAAAAUGGUAGCUGAUCUGCUGAUUUUAAACAUUUGAAAUACUCUUAAAGGGGGAAAUUUGCAAUCUGGAGAGCAUUGGAGACAUGUUGAUGGGGGAUAAAAAAAAGAUUUUUUUGAUAAAAAAAACUUUCUGUAUUUAUGAUAGAUAUGAACAUUUUUGGUGUUAAGUAGAUUGUUGCAUUGGAAAUGAAUUUAAACAGUAUGGUAGAUUGAAAAAAAACUUUGUACAUUUAGCUUUUGUAUCGUCCAACUUUAAGGCGCUUCAUUUGAUGUUGUCUUGGUCAUUCCGAUAGACUAGAUUAUGGAGCAGUAACUUACCUGAACUUUAUUUCUGUCUUAUUCUCGGCUUCUUGGCUAACGUUCACCCAACUGCCACUCUCCCACUAGGCAGGAUCCUCUCUUUCAAAAUGGUUUUUCUCUCUGUUUUGGUUGGUAUGGUUCUAACCAAAAAAGAAAAAAAGACCUGGGGUGAAAUGUUAAACAAUAUUUACUUCUAUUUCUGUUACCUUUGUGCACUUAACACUGUCUGACUCAUAAUUCUCACUUUACUUGUUCCUCUCUCUCCUCACUUUGUUUUUCUCGUCCCCUGCAUCUGUAGAUAUGAAGAUAGUUACUCCUCCUCGUGCACUACGAAGCAGGCCUUUUGUUCUUCAUGUAGUGUGGCUACAGUAUUGUUUUGGCUUUAUUUUAAUUUAGACUUUACGUUGUUGUUGUCAUAGAUGAAGAAAAUGAAAAAAUAAUAAUAAUAAUAAUUUCCACGCUUUAAAACAAAAAGAAAAUCCAAAGACUAAACACUUUCACCAUUGGUGCAUAAAGAUGAGAAAAGAGGCUUCUUUAUACUUGAGAAUUUGUUGCUGUUUUUAGAGGAAAGAAAACAAAGUUUUAAAAUAAAUGAGUACGCAUCAGAGUUGCCGUUUUUGCUUCUUUGCAAGCAGACAGGUGGCUUUUUUACGUAAAAUACCAAGAAUACCAAAAACCAAAAAAGGAACCUUGUCCUUGCAUUGUGGAGUAGCAGUGUUACAGAGCCAUUGCAGUUGUAAGAUAGAGGUUAUAAGUCUUCGUUUGAACUUUUCUGUUACUCACAAAAAGUUUUUUUUAUUUUUUAAGAAAAUGUACAAGGUCUGGUCUUCAAGGACAUACGUUUUGCUGCUAAUGUAGAAUUUGAAAAAAGAACACCUAGCUAGAUGCAUGCUCAUUUUGCUUUUUGGCUAAGCUUUAACUAAAACAACAAUAAACCAUUUUCUUGCCUCUGCGACAUCUUUUUUUUUUCUUCUUGCAAAAACGGAACUUUGAAGACUGUGAAUAUAUGUUCCAAAGGACAUUUUUGCCGAUUUUCUUUUUGAACAGACCAAUGUUUAAAGCCAAUGAUAUAUAACAUUAGUAAAGAACAGUGCAUUCCAAAUAUCACAUUAACGUUUUUUGUUUUGUUUUCUUAAAGCAAGGACUGAUUUCAUUUUAAUAAUUUGAAUUAUUAUUAUAUAUUUUUCUCAUUUCUAAGGUGACUGUAAGCUGUUGUGUAAAGUUACAUUCUGUUUGCUAAACAAAAUUACCUAGAUCUGUCAUUUUGUGUCUGGCAUUGAAAGUUGAUAAGAACCCCUCCUUCCAGUUAAAUUUGUUACUCACUUGAUCAGCAAGUAAUAGUGGUUACCAAUACAUGUAUAUGAUACAUCUGGUACUGAUGCGUCUCCUAGGUUACAUCAUCAUGCCUCUCAACUUACAAGUCUCAGAAGGAAAUAAUGGCUGUUUUGAUAAGUCUGGAGUGCUGGCCCAACUUUCUGGCACAUCCAGUUGUGACUUGGCCCAGGUGUCUGCAGGGCUUUAAACCAUUUUCACGCACCAUGUUGAUUACAGGUUUCUAAGGGACGUCUUCAUUCCAAAGCGUUAUAAGUCUGGUAAAAACAGGAGUUUUUUUGAAGAUGUCCCUUGUGUUCAGAUACUGCAGUUAAGAGGUAUGUCAUGCCUUCAUGUCCAAAGAGCUCACUCGCUCCAUCUUAUUGCAGUGGAAAUGGAUGUGCUUAAUUAUCCACACUCUCUCAUAGAUGAACAACUUUUAUUUAAUUCCUUUACACCAAAACCAAGGCAUAUUUAAAUUUGUGAAUAACUGGUUUUCGGCCACUAGUGUAUAGCAAGUGUAUUUGCCAUAAUUCAUACAAAGCUGCAAUCUAGGAAGUGUGUUAAAAGUGUUACGUCUUGCAGAGCAAUGUGAUUUGGUGUUAAUACUUCCUUACGCAUGCUGUUGAAAUUGGGUUGAUUUGGUCUGCAAGCUUGCCACUCCUCUAAUCAUGUUCUCUAGAAUAUUGUUCAUAUGAUUCUUUUUGAGAAUUCUAAUGUUGUACAGUUUAUUCUUGAAUGCGUUUGCUUUAUUUUGGUUUUCAGAUGUCAGACAUGUACUAUUAUUUUCUUAUAACUAUUUUAUGUUAUUUUAGUUUCUGUAUAUUACUUUUCCUCAUAUAAAUUAACACUAGCUUUAAUUUCAAUUGCUGAAUUUAAAAAAAAAAAAAUUAUUCUAUGACCUGGCCACUUUAUGGUGUAAUAAUGUUCUUAUAUUUGUUUGUCUUUUUGACACUGUUUGAUCUCUUAUUUCCAAAGUGUAAUCUUUGUUUUGGGCUCUUUCGUGGAAGACGGUCAUGGUCUUCUUCACAACAGAUUCAGCCAGCAUGGACUGUGUGUGUGAGUUUGUAUGUGUGCGUAUGAGUGUGUUUCAUAAGAGCCAGCAUCAGUUUUGAGUUUUUAUACAUUUUAUUUUAUACUGUACUUUUAUUUACGCACCAAAACGUACUGAACCGAAAGCUGGAUUAUGAAUAAAGUGGUGAAGUUUUAGAAAAUUUGAAUUUUAAAGGUAACAAUAAUCAAAAAGAGGAGAAAGACGAUACCGAAGCACUGAGCAGUUUUUAUUUUGAUUGAAUAUAUGAAUGUGGCCAAAGCUUUAUGCAGUUAAAAACAAAAAUAAAAAUUACAAUUUGUGCCCCAGAUAAGUGUAUAUUUUAUUGUGGCACAAAACAAUAGAUAACUGAGAUCCUUUCACUCACAUUGGAAUACUUGAUUUUCAUGGACAAUUACAAAGAAAUAAAAAGACAAGGUUUUGCUGUAGAGGUCAUCUUUUGCCCACUGUGAAAAUGAACAUGUAUACAGAUAUAGAUAUAUUUAAAACAAGACAUCAACUUUUUUGUUUGAAAUGAUAAAGAAGGAAUGAAAAGAAGAAAUGAACUCUGGGAAACUUUGGAGAUCUUGCUGAGAGGACAGGGGAGGCUGUGGGCACACCAAAACUGGGCAUGGGAGCCAAAGGCAGGGUCAAGGCGGCUUUAAUAUCACAACCAUAUUUGCUUACAUCUCUGAGAUGGGAAUGGACUCUGGAACCAGUGGACAUGUGACACAGAGAGGAAAGACAUUAGAUAAAGAAGCUGAACUAUAGUGGCUCCAGCUGCUUCCUGGCUCUGUCUGUCUCUCUCUCUUCUCCAGCUCGGCCUCGUCUUCUGCUCUUUUACGGACAUGUUUCCGCACUUCUGGACGGGAUGGACAGAGAUGCUCGCUUCAUUUCUCCCGGUUCAUGUUGUUGCUACCUGUUUCAUUUCCUCCUGCUUGUCUCGCUGAUGGACAAGUAUAAGCUCUCCAGUCAGAUGGCGGCUCGCCCCUCUCUCUGUUCAUCACACCAACCAAAAAGAGAAAUGAGCCAGAGAGAAAGGGGAAGGGUUUUCUAGGCUGUCAUUCCUAAAGAGGCAGAUACACACAAAAAAAGCGAAUCAACCAAAAUUAACAACCAAACUAACAAACAACCAAACAAAACCGUUUGCUCCAACUUCAAAGAUGAACUGUUACUUGGAGCUCUCUCUGUUCCUUUUGUGACUCCUGGUGCCACAAUGUUUUUUUUAAUGCAUUUUCUUUUUCUUUUUGUUUCCUUGAAUUAUUCCUCCUCCGAGCCUCACAAGCAUGGCUCCGUGGCUCCAGGCAGCCCACUGAGGGUAGAAAAAACAGCCUUGCAAUGUACAAAAAAGAGCAAGUUAAACCAAAAAUGUUGUUCUUGAUGUCUUUUCUAUACUGUAGUCUUGUUAGCUUUUUUGUUACUGUAAUUAUAUGAUGAAGAUUUCCAAACUGUACCAAAUGACAUGGAAACUAACAUACAUAAAACCACAUGGAACUUCAGACUUUUAAAGAAACUUUUGUCACAAAAACCUUGUUGUCCUAGUUAAGUUGAUUGUAGAUGGUAAUUGAAUAUACUCCUUUGAAAAUAUUUCAUCAAGUAUGUUUCUUGCUCAUUGUGAUACAUUAAAAAAGGAUGAGCAUAAAAUGCA